AAAUGGCACGGAGAAUAACCAGAUCAGCAUCGUCUGGAAAUCUGUUAGAAGCAGACGACGGGACCUCAAAAGCGCCACCUCUUGACGAGGAUGAUGACCUGAAAAGUAGUUUUCUACCCGGCUUACUUGGAAAAAGGAAAAAACGCCUUCCAUCUGCAAAGCCAAAGGAAUGCCAAGCACGGUUUGGACGAGUGAAAGUCACUUUGAAGAAAGGGCUAGUUUAUGAAGAGGAGGUUGACGCCAUUGUUAACAGCACUUCGCAAACGUUAACGCUGGACGCGGGAAACGCCUCGCGGGCAAUGUUACAAAAAGCUGGACGCUCUAUUCAAGAGGAGUGCAAGAGGAAAUAUCCAGACGGAAUUAAGUUUGGAGAACUGGCAGAAACUGGGGGCGGAGACUUGUAUUGUGGAUAUGUAUUCCAUGGAUGUCUGAAGUAUUGGAGAGCAGAAGAAAGCAAUUCUGUAGAACAAACCCUUACAGAUCUUGUAACCAAGUGUCUUGAGAGGGGAGAUCACUUACAGAUUAAUUCAAUCGCCUUUCCUGCACUGGGCACAGGUUUUCUACAGUUUCCUGCUAAAAUUGUUGUUUGUCGACUGCUUCAAUGUGUAAAAGACUUUGAAAUGAGGCAUAAAUCAACAAAUGUUACAGAUAUACGCUUCGUAAUAUUUCCUAAGGAUACAAAAACAUUUGAAGAAUUCGAAAAUGAAUUUAAUCGUUAUUCAUAUUCCAUAUACCAAAAGCCAACUUCACAAGGAAUUUUACCUACCAAACCAAAAGAUAUUGAAUGUUCUCUUGAAAAUCUGACAGUGAAGCUUGUAGCUGGAUGUCUAGUGGAACAGAAGGUUGAUGUCAUUGUUGGCGCAGUACCUCCAUUUGGAAAGCCUGGGUCGACAAGCUCGUCUAAAGCGAUCUUAAAGGCUGGUGGUUCAGGUAUAGAAAGGGAAUUCACCAGAGCGUUCCCGGUGGGGAUAGACAUAGGCGACGUAGUAUCCAGUGGAAGUCAUAAAAUUCAAAACGUUAAAAAAAUUUACUUUGGGGCCCUGCCAACGUAUGCUGUUAAAGAGCGCGAUCAAAACCAGCAGGCACUGGUACUAGUGGUUCAAGUUUCUCUAAUGAAACUACAAGAAGAUGGUCUUAAAACAAUUGCAAUUCCAACACUUGGUGUUGGAGACUUUAAAUUUUCUCCGACGAUAUCAGCCAUGAAAAUCUUUUCUUCUAUUAAAGAAUACAGCACAACCAAUAAGGACUCAAAAAUAGAUACCGUUUAUGUAGUAGUGGACAUAGCAGAUUCAGAGUUUGUAAACAUAUGGAAGGCAUUUGGCAGAGAAAUAAUUAAGAUAGCUCCUCCGAAGAUGAAAAAUAAGGUCCCAAUAAUAAUAGAACCCAAACCAAAACCUCCACCAGUACGGGGGUCACGUGACUGGUUCUCCAUGAUGUACGAGGAGGAGCUGUGUGUCCCGUCCUAUUGGACUGAUUUUAAAGGAGGUGAGAAGAUCAAAGUCUGUAAACGACGGAACAGACGACAUCCGUACAGUCUUGUGACUGUUGAUCAGACUACAAUGGAUCUGGUUGUUAAAAUUGUAGAAAAAACAUGGGAAUCUCACAAUGUAGGAAAGGGAGCGGAUGCAAAGGGCUUAGAUAUGCUUUUCUAUAACAAUAUUCGGGUUACCAAAGUAGAACGUGUGGAAAAUCUGGACUUAUAUGAAAGUUAUGUCCAGGAAAGACAAAGGUUUUUUGACAAAGCAAGAUCAAGAGGCAGUCCAUUUCCUUUAGGAACUCUUCCAAAAUCAUCCGGCGAAAUCAAAACUACCUCUAUUCUAAAAUCUGACAAAACUAGCACUGCUUAUCUUUCAGACAUUUAUCCAGAAAUUAAUGAGCAUUACGUUUUUCAUGGGACAUUAGCAGAUACAUUAGAUUCUGUUCUGACGCAAGGAUUAGAUUGUAGAAUGUCAAGAGGUACUGCUAUGUUUGGACAGGGGGCGUACGGCGCCGAGAGUUCAACAAAAGCUGAUCAAUACGUAGACAGGAAAGAAAACAGAAAGAAAAUUCCACAUCAGAUGCUGCUAGUGCGCAUGUGUUUGGGAGAUAUAUGCCUGUAUGACUUUCCUGUAGCGCACAGACGAGCACCUUGCAAGAAAUGUAGAAGAGACAACUGCACUACUCACAAACCUAAAGACUUUUAUGAUUCUGUUGUCGGAGACGGGAAGUGGUUGUUCCGGGAAUUCAUUGUCUUUGAUAAGCGUCAGACAUACCCGGAGUAUCUCAUCACCUAUGAACGUGUAUAAAAUUUUACCAUACUAUUUUAUUUUUACAUCCAGAAAUGUGUUUACAAUAAAUUGAAAAUGAAAA